AUGUUUAGUGUAGCAGUUCGGAUAGUAGCUGAAGAAGCUGAAGUUGAAGAACAGCAACAAUCCAAAAAUGAUCAAAGAAUUGCCAGGAGAGAGUCUAAAACAACAAAUAAGAAACAAUUGGAGAUGCUUCUAGAUGCAAUGCAAACCCACCAAGGUAUUGCUUGUGGGAUGUAUAAAGGAAGCAAGGAAGAUUUAAAUAGAUUUUGGCGCAAUUUGGAGGCGGAGUUGAAUUCUGCAGGGCCACGACAAAAAAGUGUUUCGGAGUGGAAAAAGGUAUGGUGUGAUCAAAAAAAAUAUGUUCGGCAGAAGGCCGCCCAAAACCUCAAAUCAAGUAAAGGCACUGGUGGAGACCCGAAUAUGGAGCAGAAGUUUUCUGGAAUUGAGGAGGCCAUUUACAACUUGAUUGGGAUGAAGGAGUCGGUUGAAGGUGUAGCCAACAAGUUUGGAUUAGGUGGUUCUUAUAAAAACACCAACAAACAAACAGAUUCAAAUAUUGAAAAUAUAUUGGAGGAAAUUUUAGUGACAGACGAUGAUUCAAAUGAAAUACAGAAAGAGUGUCCAUCUCAGCCACCCGCUAAAAAAAUUAAAAAGACACCAGUUGGACUGCCCCACAGGUUUCCUCUGCCAAUAUCCUUGCAGAGGAAAUCGGUAUUCAAAAGAAUAUGCUGGAAGUAA